CCAGUUUCGAGGUUGUAUGACCUCGCACUUUUACGGUUCGAAGGUCGUGUGCAUUUAUGUGCAAUGCCCGUAUUGAGCCCUCUCGAGUUUCGUGAUUGUGUUGUGGACAGCCCGAAUUUCCGAAAGGCUUUGUCAGACCAUGAGGCAGACUUAAAAAUCGCGAACAAGAAAGUCAAAAGUGUUCUAGUGAACACAAGAAGAGUUUUCGAAGCUAUGGAAUCAUUAAAUCAAGCGCUUAUUGAUUAUGCUGAAUCAUUGAAUGAUUUUUCAGAGUACGCUCAUCAGUCAACUUGUUUAUCCCAAACAGAAAACGGUAUGGUGUCCAGUUUAACCAUUUCUAAUUUAACUGAAAUAGAAGUUUGUGAAACCGAUGAUGAUAUUAUAAUUAAAAAUGCCUUGUCAGUUUAUGCAACUAUAAUUACAAAUGUUGAAGAGGCUAGGCGUACUAUGAUUCAGCCCAAUAAAGAGCUGGUCUUAACUGAACUAUCGGAAUUACGUUCUCUAUGGUUGGGUGGUCAAAAUACUAAUGUAAAAGCAUUUCAAAAAGAAACUAAAAACUUUUGUCAAUACCUUGAAAAAUACGCAUCAAUUAAAUCAAAAGAGUUUACAGAAGAUAAUGAUGCAAAAAUGCUUCAAGAACGUAAAAAUUAUAUUGCCAAAGCAUUUGAAUACAUCAGCAAUAUAAAUGAAGCGCAUGAAUUGAAAAAAUCCAAAUUUGUUCAAACAGUAAGUUUGAUCAUGAGAAUGUUGUCAAAUUUCUAUUAUCAAGCUUUCGAACAAUUCAAAGACUCAUCACAUCAAAUUAGUCAGAUACUUCAAGCUGCACAGCGUUCUAGUGAAAAUUAUGAACAAAUUAGUUUAGAGAGUAAAACACUAACAGAAAAACUACUCAAUACACCAUGGGAACAAAUACAAUCUACAAAUUUAGCUGAUACACGUGAAGGUUAUGUAUUUGUUGCUACAAAAAAAGCUGUUAUGACAAUUUGGACAAAAAAUUUCUGUACAUAUAAUCGUAAUAGUAAAAUAUUAAAGCUUACACCCUAUACUCAAUAUCAAGACAAUGAUAAUAAUACCGAAAUAUUGAAUGUCAUCUCUUGUAGAAGACGAUCAAAUGAUUCUAUUGAUAGACGUUGGUGUUUUGAUAUUGAAGUAUCAAAAAGAUCUACUCCACUUACUUUACAAGCACAAUGCUUGGAUGAUCUUCAUGAAUGGCUUCUUGUAAUGGAUGGAAAAGAGCCAAUUUAUGAAGAUAGACGUGUUUGCCUCCAUGAAUCAGAUAAUAUUCAAUUAAACGACAAAAGUUAUGAAUUUCUACUCAAUUUAAUUCAUGCAAUUGAAAAAAAUGGUAUUCAAGUUGAAGGAAUCUAUAGAACAUGUGGGGUGAAAUCUAAAGUUGCCAGUCUGAUUAAACAAGCUCUAUCUCCAUCAGGAAUAUCCAAGACGACUUUGUCAAAUUAUGAAUUAUGCGUUUUAACUGGUGCAUUAAAAAGUUUUAUUCGACAAUUAGAAACUCCAAUUAUGACAUUUCAAUUACAUGAUUCAUUCAUGUCUGCAAUGAAACGAGAUAAUGCUUAUCGAUUAACAGAGCUUAGUGCAUUAUUAAAAUUGUUACCACCAGAAAAUCAACGUACUUUAGACUUACUGAUUAGACAUUUAUCAAGCGUUGCUGCUUACAGUCAAUUGAAUCACAUGAACCCAAGUAAUCUAGGCAUUGUAUUCGCACCAUCAUUGUUUCGUUCACGUGAAGAAUCUGUCGCUGCGAUUAUGUCAACAAAAUUUGCUUCAACUGCUGUCGAAUUAAUGAUUAUUAAUUAUUCAAGUUUAUUUCCAAUACAUUCAUCGAAUAUUCUUCGACCAAUACCUCAGUCAUCUACUACCCCACUUGUUAUGGAUGAUAGAAAUGGAACUAUAAGCGAAAUUAACAAUACCACUCAUAAUUCUAUCAAUGAUAUAUUUGAUAGUAAUAAUACUCCUACUAAUAUGGGAAAAUAUAACCAUAUUAAGAAUGGUGAAAACUCUGUAGAACCAGUGUAUACUACACCGGUUAUUGGCUAUCCUUUUCAAUUAACCAAUUCAAUAUUGGAUCGAUCUGAAAACAUGUUCACUUCGUCCAGUAAUGAAAACUACUCAUCUCAAACAUCUUUACAAUCGAUUAAAUCAUCAUCUACGUUUACAUCUUCCUUCACAACAACAUCAACAACCACGAAAUCAAAUUCACAAUCAUUCAAAAGUUCACCAAGUCUCCCAAUCGCAUUACAAAUUGUCCAUGACAAUGAAUACAUUACUAAUCAACACGAACAAAAUCCAACAAAUGAAAAAAUUUUAAAUCAUUCUCUUCAUCAUCAUCAUAAUUCUUCAUUAGUUACAUCACCAUUAUCUAUUCAUCACAAUAAUCAUUUAAUUGAACCAUCAUUGAGAUCUCGUAUAUCACCGCAACGUAGCAGUCCGAACCCCCCGAUUCAUUUAGUUGUAUCGCAAUCUUUUAGAAAAUCGCCGGCACCACCACCACCGGUGACAUCAGCAAAGUGUGUAAAUACAAUCCCAGUAAGAAGCUCAUCAACAAAACCUAUCACAUUGUCACAAACUUCUGUCACAACUGCAAUCAAAGAAACUGCCACUACUGCUGUCAGUGCUUUGAAUCACGAAGAUCUAUCCUCUCAUAAUCACUCUGAUAAAUGUAAUAAUUUUGGGGUUGAAUCCGAUCAAACAUGUAUACCGCAUAUGUCUUCUGAAUAACACUAUUUGAACUGCUCUCUAUUCUGCCAGAACUUCAAUGCAUUGAUACAGAAAUACAGAUGUCAAAUAAAGUGUACAAGUAUAUCACCUAACUUAACUGGUUGCUCGAAAAUUUCUAUGUACAAAUUAUUCUACUUAAAUACUUAUAAAUAGUGUAAAAAUGUUUGAAAAAUUACUUGUCAAAUAGCGUUCAACCUGUCUUUUUUUUUUUGAGAAAAAAUAUACAUCAUAUUACUUAUAUUUACGUAUGUACACACUUUUUUUAGUCUGUUUUUGAUUAAUCAAGGUAUCUCUUUCAUUCUGUCGUUCUUGUUUGUUCCUUUAGUUUGUUUUUCAUUGGAAAUAAUCUCAGUAUCUGUAUUGUACUUCACAAUGAGAGUAAAAUAAGUUGUAUUAUGAUGUAUAUCCCAGAUUAUUUACAGGUUGAUUGGUUAGUUAAGUUUUUUUAGAUGUGUACUGACUUCCCAAAUGAUAAGAGAUCGUUUUUCUUGUCGUGAAUCGUUCGUUCGCAAAUUUCCAACAUUAUCUCAUGAAAAAUUUGUUGAAAAGGUAGUAUUGACCAUUCCCCCCCCCCAGUAAUUUUGACUUUGAUACAGUUAUUUAUUGUAAAUAUAAAGUUCAGAAAUGAA